UCUUACUUAUAGCAAAUAGAAAUAUAUUAGAAGAUAACAUUUCUUCUUUCUUUCCUAGCUAGCUAGCAAUUUUGUAUUGUUAGUUCUCAAAAUUUGAACAUGAAACCCUCAUGUUGUUCUUGGGUUUUCUUUGUUCUAGUAACAUUAUUUUUAUUUCCUAACUCUUCUUCUUCGUAUGUGUUGCAUCCGGCCAUCGUUAACUCGACGAUCAAGCACACAAGCUACACUGGAAUAUCGAGUUUUCGCGUGCUUAACAGAAGAGCUUUGCUUGAAUGUCCAUUUGCAAAUCUUCAUAAGAUUAAAAUGAGUGUUAGCUCAACAGCGAAUAUUAAUAAUAACUACACUCUCUCUAAUGAAGAAUUUGUGAAUGUAACCGUUACUGGAGUUUUGCAUCCUUCAAAAGAUCAUUGGAUCGCCAUGAUAUCACCAAUUAAUUCCGACGUCUCGAGUUGUCCAUUAAACAAAGUUCAGUAUGUACAGACCGGUGAUACUACCAGUCUUCCUCUACUCUGUCAUUAUCCUGUUAAGGCCAAGUAUAUGAGCGAUGAUCCGGAGUAUCUAAAGUGUAAACCAAAAUGCAACAUGAAGGGCAUCAACUGUUUCGUUGACAGUGCUUGCAGUGGUACACUCGACUUUCAUUUGAUCAAUAUUAGAAGUGACAUUGAGUUUGUCCUUUUUGCCGGCGGCUUCGAUACGCCUUGCAUUUUGGCUAGGUCUGCUCCACUCAAGUUUUCUAAUCCGAAUUCACCAUUACAUGCCCAUAUUUCGAGCACGGACUCAACCGGAACAUCUAUGAGAGUAACAUGGACUAGUGGUAGUGCACAACCACAACAAGUGAAGUAUGAUGGAAAAAUAGCUGCAUCACAAGUUACAACAUUUACACAAAAGGAUAUGUGUAGUACGGUUAUCCCAAGUCCUGCCAGCGAUUUUGGGUGGCAUGACCCUGGCUUUAUACAUUCUGCUAUCAUGACUGGACUCACCCCUUCAACCACCUUCUCCUACAGAUAUGGAAGUGAUUUAGUUGGUUGGAGUGUUGAAACCAAGUUUAAGACACCACCUGCCGGAGGAGCAAAUGAAGUAAAGUUUCUUGCAUUCGGUGAUAUGGGAAAGGCUCCCCGUGAUGCUUCUGCUGAACACUACAUUCAGCCAGGAUCCAUAUCAGUGAUUGAAGCUGUGGCUGAAGAACUAAAAUAUGGAAAUGUAGACUCCAUCUUCCACAUUGGAGAUAUAAGCUAUGCAACCGGUUUCUUAGUUGAAUGGGACUUUUUCCUUCACCAAAUCAACCCGGUCGCUUCUCGAGUUUCUUACAUGACUGCAAUAGGAAACCAUGAAAGAGAUUAUAUAGAAUCGGGAGGGGUUUACGGAACUCCCGACUCAGGUGGAGAAUGCGGAGUUGCUUACGAGAAAUAUUUUCCAAUGCCAACCUUAGCUAAGGAUAAGCCAUGGUAUUCCAUUGAACAAGGAAGUGUUCAUUUCGUGGUCAUGUCAACCGAAAAUGACUGGUCUCCAGGUUCCGAACAGUAUCAAUGGAUGAGAAAGGACAUGGCUUCGGUUAAUCGCUCAAGAACGCCUUGGUUAGUCUUCACAGGGCAUAGACCUAUGUACUCAUCUGAUUUGUUAAGCGUGGACGGAAAGUUUGUCGACUUUGUGGAGCCAUUAUUAGUAGAGUUCAAGGUCGAUCUGGUGCUAGUCGGUCAUGUUCACAAUUACGAAAGAAGCUGUUCUGUUUCUGAAUCAAAAUGCUUGGCUAUGCCUACCAAAGAUGCAAAUGGGAUAGACACAUAUGAUCACAGCAACUAUGUAGCCCCAGUGCAUACAGUUAUCGGCAUGGCUGGCUUUCGCUUGGACAGCUUCCCACCCUUUAUUCCAGGUUGGAGUUUGAAAAGGAUAUCAAGUUUUGGCUAUUCGAGAGUACAUGCAACAAAGGACGACCUAAAACUAGAGUUUGUGAAUUCAAAUACGAGACAAGUUGAGGAUAGCUUCCGAAUCAUAAAAACGCAAAGUAGAUAGGUUGGCAGAGGGUUACAUUUGCAGUUACUUCGGUAGGUCAUAUCAAAAAAGAAAGAAGACAACACUGAUUUACUAGCUCAUUAUGUCUAUGUCAAAGUAUUAUAUGCCACUUGUUGUAUCAACCUAUCUGCUAUUUUUGUGACCUUUAGAAUGAAAUGAUUGAUGAUUGAAAUGUACAAUUUUAAUAUCAA